AUGAGCUCGACAUACAACCUCGAGCCCAAUCCCACGGCCAAGGUGGUGCUGCACACCACCGCCGGCGACCUGGAGCUGGAGCUGUUCGCCAAGCAGACGCCCGUCACGUCGCGCAACUUCCUGCAGCUGUGUCUCGAUGGCUACUACGACAACACCGUCUUCCACCGCCUGGUCAAGGGCUUCAUCAUUCAGGGCGGCGACCCCACGGGCACCGGCCAGGGCGGCCAGAGCAGCUACGAUGGCGAGCCUUUUGCAGACGAGUUCCACAGCCGCCUCAAGUACACGCGCCGCGGGCUGCUGGGCAUGGCCAACACAGGCACCAAGGACGAUAAUGGCAGCCAGUUCUUCUUCACCCUUGCCCCGACACCCGAGCUGCAGGACAAGAACACGCUAUUUGGCCGAGUGGCCGGCGACACCAUUUACAACCUCAUGAAGAUGGCCGAGGCUGAGAUCCGCGACGGAAGCGACGACCAGCCCAUGUACCCAACAAAAGUCACGGGCGCAGACAUUAUUGUAAACCCCUUUGAAGACAUGGUCCGUCGGGUGCAGGCUGCAGUGCCCACAGAGGCAGAGACUAAGAAGCCCAAGAAGCCCAAGAGGAAAGCCGGCAAGAAUGUCCUGAGUUUUGGAGACGACGAGGACACUGCUGGUUCUGCGCCCGUUGCGAAGAAGCCCAAGUUCAACACCAAGCUAGUCAGUGCAGGCGAUGAGAAAGCACCAUCCUCCAAACCAACAGAGCCAGCAAAAGCCAUGCCCAUACGCAACUCAUCUCGCAACUCUCCCUCACCGCCUCCCGAACCCAAGCCUGCACAGAAACAAGCCCCCAAGUCACCGCCUGCGCCUAAACCCCGCUCGCCCCCACGAGAAUUGUCGCCAGAGGCCGAGAAACGAGCAAAACUUGAUCGUGUGAACCAGCAAAUUGCCGAACUCAAAGCCUCGAUGAAGCGGGGCACGCAAAUUCAGGAUGCAGCGCCUGUCAAGAAAAAGUCUCUGCUCGAAGCCAUGGUACCCUCAACAACCACGCGCGGACGCAAGCGCGGUGCUGGUGGAAACUCAAAAGAUGAGCAAUCCUCGUUAGACAUCUUGGCACGCUUCAAAUCCAAACUCGAGGCUGCAGAGCCAGCCACAAUGCCCAAACCAGCCGCUUCAACACUGUCCGAAAACACGCCAAACGAAAAUGAAAGCGGACAUGGUAACAGUGGUGAUCAAGACGACGAAGCCGCAUGUGACCUGCAUUUCAUAGUAGGCUGUCAGUCGUGCAAAGCCUGGGACGCUCAAGAAGACGAGGGUUCCGAUGACGAUGCAGGCUGGAUGUCCCAUUCGCUUAGUUUUGCAAAAGACAGGCUAGGCAAAGACCUUGAAUGGAAGCGGAAGAACGAAGAAGAGCUACUGGUUAUAGAUCCAAGGGAGGAAGCAAAGAGACUCAAAGCCCAGGGUAAGGGCAAGAGAGAAUGGGAUGAUUCCAAAGCAAACAAGGCGAAGCGAUGA